AUGAGCAAGGCAAGUGGUAGUGGUCAAGGAACCGCAAAAUUAGAUGACACCGUAUGGGACUGCGUGAUUCCGUACGUAAAGGAACCGCAAGAUCGGGCUACGGUUUCUCUGGUGUGCAAACAGUGGCAUAAAAUCGAUUCCCUCACGCGAAAGCAUGUCACUAUUGCACUGUGUUAUGCAGCCACUCCAGACCAGCUCUCGCGACGGUUCCCCAACCUCGAGUCGCUCAAGCUCAAGGGACAACCACGCGCUUCCAUGUUCAACCUUAUUCCUUGUGACUGGGGCGGCUAUGCUAAGCCGUGGAUUGAGGAAAUUGUCAAGUCUUUCAAGAAAAUGAAGGCGCUGCAUCUUCGUAGAAUGAUAGUUAAGGACUCGGACCUUGAAUUGAUUGCCUCCACAGCAAUUGGGAAGGAUCUUGAAGUGUUGAAACUUGAUAAAUGCUAUGGCUUUUCGACUAAUGGACUCUCUCAUAUCUGUCGCUCUCUCCGGAGUUUGAGGACCUUGGAUAUGGAAGAGAGUACAAUAAUUGAGAAUGGCGGGGAAUGGCUACAUCAGCUUGCUCUGAACAAUACAGUUCUUGAAACUUUGAACUUUUACAUGACAGAUCUUGUCGAAAUCAAAUCUGAAGACCUUGAACUGAUAGCCAAAAACUGUGCAUCUCUGGUCGUGGUGAAAAUUACUGAUUUUGAUAUUGCCGACCUCGUUGGUUUCUUCCGCAAUGCAGCUGCAUUAGAAGAGUUUUGUGGGGGCUCUUUUAGCAAACCACCUGAAGCUGGUGAAGGCGAUCAAAAUGAGCGAUUAGAAAGGUAUGCUGCGGUAGCAUUUCCCCGAAGAUUGUGCUGCUUGGGUCUUACGUACUUGGCAAGGCCUGAAAUUCCGAUUGUCUUUCCUUUUGCUACUCGACUUAAAAAAUUGGAUCUGCUAUAUGCUCUGCUAGAUACUGAAGGUCAUUGUCUCUUACUGGAAAGGUGUCCCAACUUGGAAAUGCUUCAGUCAAGGGACGUGAUUGGAGAUAGAGGAUUGGGAGUUGUUGCUCAGAUUUGUAAAAAAUUGAAAAGACUCAGGAUCGAGCAUGGCGAUGACAUGGAAGAUGUUGAAGGCGUGAUUACACACAGAGGAUUAAUCUCUUUGUCACAGGGAUGCCUUGAAUUGGAAUACUUAGCUAUUAAUGUGUCUGACAUCACAAAUGCAUCCCUAGAAUGUGUAGGCGCGCACUUGAAAAAGCUCUAUAGCUUCCGGUUGAUCUUAAUUGAGAAACAAGAGACGAUAGCAAAUUUUCCGCUUGAUAAUGGAGUUCGAUCUUUGUUGAUGGGUUGUAAUAAACUUACUGGCCUUACUUUGUAUCUUCAGCCUGGUGCGCUAACAGAUGUGGGUCUCAGUUAUAUUGGAAAGUAUAGUCCAAAAGUGAGAUGGAUGCUUUUGGGUUUUGUUGGGGAAUCUGAUAAUGGGAUUUUGGAAUUUUCCAGAGACUUACCUAGCCUCCGAAAGUUAGAACUGAGGGGAUGCUGUUUCAGUGAAGGUGCACUAGGAGAUGCUAUACUACGACUACCUUCGUUGAGGUGUUUGUGGGCGCAAGGAUACACUGAAUCUGGAGCUGAUUGGGAUAAGGUACAUGAGAAGCGUCCAAAAUGGAUUACUGAGUUCAUUCCAGCAACACAAGUUGUCGUUCCUAAUGAAAAUGGAGAAGAUGUAUUCAUUGAGAAUAAAGCCCAAAUUCUGGCAUAUUAUUCACUUGCUGAUCAGAGAACAGACUUUCCAUCUACUGUGGUGCCCUUUAUCCCCAAGAAAUGCAAGGCCUGUGAAAAGACAGUUUAUCCAGUGAAGCUGUUGUCUGCUGAUGGAGUGGAUUAUCACAAAUCUUGCUUCAAAUGCUCUCACUGCAAAGGAACCCUCAAGCUGAGCAAUUACUUGUCGAUGGAAGGUGUUCUCUACUGCAAACCUCACUUUGAGCAGCUCUUCAAGGAGACAGGCAGCUUAAGCAAGAAUUUUCAGACACGUAUGCCUUCUCUGGCCUGCAAUAUCUUUUUACCUCUGAAUCUGAAUCUUUUCUAUAAUGUCCAGACAAGAUCACCAAGCACAGCUGCCAGCAUGUUCUCAGGAACACAAGAUAAAUGCGCUGCUUGUGAUAAGACAGAUUACCCUCUUGAGAAGGUAAAACCUGAGAUGCUUGAUCAUUUACUGUGUUCUGUUUAUGUUAUCUGCGAAGUCGAAGCCUCUAACUGGGCUUCGGGAAAAAGUAUAUUUGGAGGGCAAAAUCCUUAG